CAACCUUAUAAUUACUCCUCUAGGUUCGACAAUCUCCAAUAUGUUUUCACGCUGUGUCGUGCGAUCAGCGACAGCAACGUCGCCAAUUCAGACAUCUUUCCUGAGAACACGUCUUUCUUCGUUUGUAGGCUCAACCACCGCGCGUCAAUGCCGGAGCCCAAUUUCGAGCCCGCAGAUUGAUGGAAGGAGGUACAUCUCAGCGUACGGAUAUACCCAAGCUAAAGCGCUCGUCUACUCCAAAUACGGGGAACCAAAAGAUGUCUUAAGGCUUCACACACAUUCAAUCUCCGCUCCCAAUGGCACACAAGUCAAUCUUCGCCUUAUUGCUGCGCCCCUGAAUCCCGCCGAUGUGAACCAGAUUCAAGGUGUAUACCCAAGCAAGCCUCCUUUCGAAACGAAGCUUGGUACACUGGAACCCUCUGCCAUUGCCGGAAAUGAGGGUGCUUUCGAGGUCAUUGCAACUGGAGCCGCGGUGAAGGGCCUCAAGAAGGGUGACUGGGUUAUCAUGAAGCGAACGGGGCAGGGUACGUGGCGCACGCACGCCCAAAUGGACGAGUCGCAAUUGAUCAAAAUUGAGGACCAAACGGGAUUAAGUCCACUGCAAGUUAGCACUGUUAGCGUGAACCCUGUUACCGCAUACCGGAUGAUAAAGGAUUUCUGCGAUUGGGACUGGUUGCGCGCUGGCGAGGAAUGGCUGAUACAAAAUGGCGCAAACAGUGGUGUCGGACGUGCUGCCAUCCAACUCGGAAGGGAAUGGGGCAUCAAGACUAUCAAUGUUGUUCGCGAACGCAAGACGCCAGAGGAGACAGAAGCUUUGAAACAAGAGCUUAAAGAUCUAGGAGCAACAGUGGUGGUUACAGAGACUGAGCUACUCUCUGGUGAUUUCAAGAACAUCGUCAAGGAGGUCACUAAGCAAGGGAAGGAACCCAUUCGGCUGGCGCUGAACUGCGUCGGCGGUAAGAACGCGACAGCUUUGGCAAAGGUUCUAGCUCCGGGCUCACAUAUGGUUACUUACGGGGCCAUGUCGAAGCAGCCUGUCGCCCUACCCUCCGGACUUUUGAUAUUCAAAGACCUGGUGUUUGAUGGUUUUUGGGUCAGCAAAUGGGGCGACAAGAACCCACAACUCAAAGAGAACACCAUCAAAGAUAUCUUGCAAUUAACACGAGCAGGAAAGUUCAAGGAUAUUCCUGUGGAGGAAGCUAAAUGGAAAUGGGACACUGAUGCGACCGAGCUUGCAACAGCCGUGCAGGGAACUCUCAGUGGGUACAGGGGCGGAAAGGGUCUGCUCAAGUUCGAAGGCGACGACUAA